UGAAAGAAGGUGACCAGUCUGUGUCCUCCCUGCCUCAUAUGCACAAACUGGCUGCUGUAAAAACCUGGGAAAUCUGAGGAAGACUUGCAGGAGAGCAUCAGGCAUCUGAAGAUGGAGCCUAAAAGCCUGCCAGAGCCAAGAGCACAUGUUAGCUGUGAGCAUGCAUGUGCCACAGCUGCAACUGAAGCAUGCGUUUUCCUUCCACAGGCCUGCACUGGGGACUGCCACAGACACAGCAGAUGGCUGCAGUGUUUCUGUGUUUCAACCGCAGAGUGAGAGGGCAGUGUGUCAUUCGCUGGUCAGACACCUCCCCCUCCACCAGGGCCAUGCUGAAGACGUCCCUAGCAGCUGAUGUCUCCAGGCGUGGAUACAGUCAUGUGCCCAGUCACAAGUACAUCCCUCGGAGGGCAGUGCUCUAUGUACCUGGAGAUGACGAAAAGAAAAUAAAGAAGAUCCCAUCCCUGAAAGUAGAUUGUGCAGUGCUCGACUGUGAGGAUGGUGUGGCUGCAAACAAAAAGAAUGAAGCUCGAUUGAGAAUAGUAAAAACACUUGAAGACUUUGAUCUGGGACCAACUGAAAAGUGUGUGCGAGUCAACUCAGUGUCCAGUGGUCUGGCCGAGGCAGACCUGGAGACUGUCCUGCAAUCCCGGGUCCUGCCUUCCAGCCUAAUGCUACCGAAGGUGGAAAGUCCUGAAGAAAUCCAAUGGUUUUCAGACAAAUUUUCAUUCCACUUAAAAGGCCGAAAACUUGAACAACCAAUGAAUUUAAUCCCCUUUGUGGAAACUGCAAUGGGUUUGCUCAAUUUUAAGGCAGUAUGUGAAGAAACACUAAAGAUCGGGAUGCAAGUGGGUCUUUUUCUAGACGCAGUUGUUUUUGGAGGAGAAGAUUUUCGAGCCAGCAUAGGUGCAACAAGUAGUAAAGACGCCCAGGACAUUCUCUACGCCCGACAAAAGAUUGUGGUCGUAGCAAAGGCCUUUGGCUUACAAGCCAUAGAUCUGGUGUACAUUGACUUCCGGGAUGGAGACGGGCUUCUCAGACAGUCCAGAGAGGGAGCCGCCAUGGGGUUCACUGGUAAGCAGGUGAUUCACCCUAACCAAAUCCCUGUGGUGCAGGAGCAGUUCACCCCCUCCCCAGAAAAAAUCCAGUGGGCUGAAGAACUGAUCGCUGCCUUUAAAGCGCACCAGCGAUUAGGAAAGGGAGCUUUUACUUUCCAAGGGAGUAUGAUCGACAUGCCAUUACUGAAGCAGGCUCAGAACAUUGUUACGCUUGCCACAUCCAUCAGGGAAAAAUGAUCUGUGAAAUGAAGCUCUCAUCAGGCUAAAGGGUAUUGAAGCUGCGAGGAUCAACUUGUCCGUGCCAGAGGACGCCAAUGAAGUUUGAAACACCAACAAUCAGAGAUUUUGUUUCUGUUCCUCAUUAAAUCAUGAGCUUUUGUGUGGAGA